AUGGCGAAUGAUUCGGAUUUGGAGCGGAUUCAACGAUCCGACUCGUCGAUGUCACGCCAAUCGGUGGCUCUUUCGUCUCUUUCGCUCACUUCGGCCGUCGUGAACACGGCAAAACCGCCGAUUGUGCUCUCGAUCGGCUCACGAAUCAUUCGAUGUGGCGUUGCUGGUGAAUUUGAACCGCGAUAUUCGAUUCUCACAAAGGAACUCUGCCCUAAUGCCACCAUUGAUCAAUUGUCGACCAAAGAUGGAUUGAAAAUUGCGGAGUCGUUGCUGAAAAGGAUUUUCUUCGAUAUUAUGACUAUUGACUUACGAGGUGGACGGGUUCUCAUCGUGGAAUCACCAUUUUGCCCAACGAAUGUUCGAAAUGUGCUGUGUCAGACGUUGAUGGAGAAAUUGGAUGUGGGACAGGUCUCUUUUGCUCCAUCACCUCUCAUGGCCACUCUUCCGUUCAAUAUCCUGACCGCCUUCGUGCUGGAGGUCGGUCACAGUGAAGUUCUUGCUAUGCCAAUCAACGAAAACGUAACUAUGAUCAGUCAAUGUUAUUUGAGUCAAAGAACCGGUCGUGCUGUCUUCGAGCGCGCUGCUCAAUUGUUACGAAUUCAUGCACGAGUCGAGGAAAACGGUCAACAACGAGAACUUUCCGAUCAAGAAUGGAGUCAGCAUGGGGAGAAUUUUGCAGAGAAAUUCGUCGAGCAGUACGCGUUUUGUACCACCCGAACUAGAGCCACCGAAAUCAAAGAAAAGGGCAACGAAGUCGUAUUGCAACCCCGAACUGCUGAGGCUCGAAUCCGUUUUGGCGCUUUGAUGGUGAUGGUUCCCGGAUUUGUCCGAGAAACGGUUUUCGAAGUGUUCUUUGAUGAGGAUGAUCCUGAGAACUUCACUGACCCAUCUAUUCCAAAAAUGGUCCACAACGCGAUUCUUCGAUGUCCGAUUGACAUGCGUCGAAAAUUCUUUGAAUCCCUUCUAGUUUGUGGAGGACUUGCUCGUGCCACCGGAUUUUUAUCGCGGCUCAAAGAAGAGAUUAUUGCUAUUUCUACGAAAAAGUCAACGAUUUGUGGAAUGGAGCCAAAAUUUUUCCACUUCAAAGAAGCCAAAGCUGAGCCUAUGCUUGGUUGGAUUGGUGGUUCACUUCUUGCUGCGUGUCAAUAUAGUUUGCAAAUCAGAUCAAUCUCGCGAGAUGACUGGAACAAAACGAAACGUGUACCCGAUUGGACGGACUUCAUUUCAGAAGCGGCU